AUGACUAACCCUCUCGAUUUUCGCUCAGGCUUCACCUUCGUGAUGAUCGUUAAGCGUCGCUAUCAUGUCAAGCCAUCAAGCUCACCCACGAUUCCCACUAACUCUUCUUCAGUUGAGGCCACGCUAAUCCAAGGGUCAGCUUGGAAUCAUAUCAUGGAAGAAGGCACUGUGUAUAAGCUGACUGGUUUCGAUGUUGCAAGAAGUGCUUUGAGGAUUUGGAGUGCUCUUACUUGA